UGAAUCUGGUGUAAUAUCGCAAAAAUGCCAUGACACUGGACUAUGAGUCUAAGCAAUAUGCUCCUUCACAUGUUGAAAACGGCACUGGAAGCAUGCAGAUGUUACAUGCACAUCCCGUGGCAGAAACAACCACACAUUUGGCUGACGUAGAAGAAACAAUUACAAGAAAACUGAACCAACCCUCUGAACAUCCUAUAUAAGCUUCAUCUUUCCACACUCCUUCAGGCAUAUCUAAAUGCACAUUCUCUUUUAGGCUCGACUGAGAAUGAGUCGUGUCUUUUACGUUCUUGUCUUUCUCUUGCUCAUUUCAAAAUCGGUCGUAUCUGUACCUUCAUGUGCGGAAGUAGUACGUGAUCUGUCGCCAUGCCUGAAGUUCCUGCAAGGCAAAGACGUGACGCCACAAUGUUGCUCAGGCCUCAAGAAUUUGGCAGCCAUUGCAAAAACGAAAGCUGAUCGAGUGGCCUCUUGUGACUGUGGGAAGCAAGCACUUUCUCAUUUUGACUAUGAUCCCAAGCGCUUCCCUCUGCUGCCCAAAAAAUGUGGAGUAGACUAUAAUAUGCCUGCGAUAGACAAGAACUUCAACUGUUCCAAGGUUGAACUCAAACAUUUGUCGUGAUAUAUAUGCUGCCUCAAAGGGUGGUCAUCUAUGGCUUCUUUGACACACGAAUAAAAGACUGUCCUAAGAUCUUUUACAAUGUAAUAGUUACUGUUGAAGUGAAGACUAGGAGUUCUCUGUAUGGGAAUUGGUUUUAUGUACUGGGAUCAAUGAAACACAUAAUUCUGACAAGGGAUCACAGUUUUUUAUAACAUGAAGUUAUGCUUUUA